CCACCGCCCCUCUUCUUUUUGGGUGACUCUCCACCCCUCUCGAAGAGCUGCGGCGGCGGUGGGGGUUGGGGACUGGCCUGGCGUCCCGGAACAGCUGCAGCGGGCGCUGGGCCCGUCUGGAAUGCGGGAGCAGGCUGCGCACCAGGACUUUUAUGGAAACUUGCUGCUGGCGCGCCGCGGCCAGAGGGCUCGGGGUGGCUGGAGCGGCGUGGGCAGCGCGCAGAGCCGGACGCGCAGGAGCAGCGGGAGCAGCGGUGCGGCGCCCCGGCGGCAGGCGGGUACAAAUAUAUAUAAAGCUUCAGUCCCAAACCACAUAGAGCAAACAUGAAUGAUGUUUCACAAAAGGCAGAGAUUCUGCUUUCUUCAUCUAAACCUGUCCCCAAAUCCUAUGUGCCAAAGCUGGGCAAGGGUGAUGUAAAGGAUAAGUUUGAAGCCAUGCAGAAGGCCAGGGAAGAGAGAAAUCAGAGGCGGUCUAGAGACGAAAAGCAAAGAAGAAAAGAACAAUAUAUUAGAGAGAGAGAAUGGAACAAGAGAAAGCAGGAGAUUAAAGAAAUGCUUGCUUCUGAUGAUGAGGAAGAGAUUUCUGCUAAAAUAGAAAAGGCUUAUGUCCCAAAGCUAACAGGGACGGUUAAAGGUAAAUUUGAUGAAAUGGAGAAACACAGACAGGAAGAACAAAGGAAGAGAACGGAAGAGGAAAGAAAACGCAGACUUGAGCAGGAUCUGUUGGAAAAGAGGAAAAUACAGCGUGAAUUAGCAAAAAGAGCCGAGCAGAUUGAGGACAUAAACAAUACGGGAACCGAAUCUGCAUCAGAGGAAGGUGAUGACUCACUGCUUAUAACAGUGGUGCCUGCAAAAUCAUACAAAAAAUCUGGAAAAAUAAGGAAUCCUGAGGACCCGGAGAAAGAACAAAGGAAUGAGAGGCUUAAUCAUGAAGAAGAUGAAAGAAUAAGAUAUGAAGAAGACUGCCGAUCUCUCAAGGAAGCAAAAUGUCUUUCAUUAGUCAUGGAUGAUGAAACUGAGGCCAAAAAAGAAUCACAUUUUCCUGGAAAAUUGAAAUUAACUUUUGAAGAACUGGAGCGACAAAGACAAGAAAAUCGUAAGAAGCAAGCCGAGGAAGAAGCGAGAAGGCGCUUAGAAGAAGAGAGGCGUGCCUUUGAGGAAGCCAGGAGGCACAUGGUAAAUGAGGAGGAUGAAAACCAAGAUACAGGAAAAGUUUUUAAAGAAUAUCGUCCUGGAAAACUCAAACUGAGUUUUGAAGAAAUAGAAAGGCAAAGAAGAGAAGAUGAAAAAAGAAAAGCGGAGGAGGAAGCCCGAAGGAGAAUUGAGGAAGAGAAGGCGGCAUUUGCUGAAGCAAGGAGAAGCAUGGUAUUAGAUGGUGAUUCUCCAGAGAUAUAUAAAACAGUUUCUCAAGAAUCUUUGAUGCCUGGAAAACUGGAGAUUAAUUUUGAAGAAUUAUUAAAACAAAAAAUGGAAGAAGAAAGACGACGAACAGAGGAGGAACGGAGGCAUAAACUAGAAAUGGAGAAACAGGGAUUUGAGCAACUGAGACAAGAAAUGGGAGAGGAAGAAGAAGAAAAUGCAAGUUUUGGAUUGAGCAGAGAAUACGAAGAAUUAAUCAAAUUAAAAAGAAGUGGUUCUAUUCAAGCUAAAAGUCUAAAAAGCAAGUUUGAAAAAAUUGGACAGUUGUCUGAAAAAGAAAUACAGAAAAAGAUAGAAGAAGAACGAGCAAAGAGGAGAGCAAUUGACCUUGAAAUUAAAGAGCGAGAAGCAGAAAACUUCCAUGAGGAAGAUGAUGUUGUAAAGCCUGCAAAAAAAAGUGAAUCUCCCUUUACUCAUAAAGUGAACAUGAAAGCCAGAUUUGAACAAAUGGCUAAGGCAAGAGAAGAAGAAGAACAACGGAGAAUUGAAGAACAAAAGUUACUACGAAUGCAGUUUGAACAGAAAGAAAUUGAUGCAGCACUACAGAAGAAAAGAGAAGAUGAGGAAGAAGAAGAAGGUAGCAUCAUUAAUGGCUCCACUACUGAAGAUGAAGAGCAAACAAGAUCAGGAGCUCCAUGGUUCAAAAAGCCUCUAAGAAAUACCUCAGUUGUAGACAGUGAGCCAGUUAGAUUCACUGUUAAAGUAACAGGAGAACCCAAACCAGAAAUCACAUGGUGGUUUGAAGGAGAAAUGCUGCAGGACGGAGAAGACUAUCAGUACAUUGAAAGAGGCGAAACUUACUGCCUCUAUUUACCAGAAACUUUCCCAGAAGAUGGAGGAGAAUAUAUGUGUAAAGCAGUCAACAAUAAAGGCUCUGCAGCAAGUACCUGUAUUCUUACCAUUGAAAUGGAUGACUACUAGGCUUCCUUCUCUUCUUGGAACUCACUCUCUCAAAUCUCUUGCUACAUCUCUGUGGAGGGGCCAUGAGGAGACCAGAGGUGCCACUCUGUUGACUUAAUACCCUUCCCCAAAUCUUCAAAAUAGGAGCUCAUCCAAAGACUGCUUUUUCUAAUGCACAUCAUCAGGUUACCAUGUUGUGCCCAGUCAAAAUUCAGUUGACAGGGAAGGGAAAUGUACUUAUUCUGUGAGAAUCUAAAACAAAAGCUUUGUAUUUUCCAUAUUUAUAACAAUUAUGCUUGAAAUAUACAUUGUAUGCAUGAAAGAAUAAGAGUCUUUACAUCUAAAAUUAGCCAGAGGAGAAUAAAAUUGGAACUGAUCAGUCUUUCUCUGUAGCAUGUAAUUGCUGUGGAUUCCAAGUCUUUAUGAAGCAGAUAUACUGAGAAAGGUGGACCAUUGCAAAGAAAAAAACCAAGGGGGAUAUUUUUCAGAAACUAAAUUAAAUUUGAUGGAAACCAAAGCUUACACAGUGUUCCAAGAUGAUAGUUAUUUAACACAUGCGUUUCAAAUGUGUAAUGACCACACUUAAGUUUAUGCUGUGACCUGCCUGAACAAAUUAUACUUUAACGAGAAAAUAUUAGUAUUCCAUGCAGCAACAAAUGUUUUUAACAUCAUUGAAGGUUUUAAGACCUAGGAGGAUUAGAUUCAGAAAAAAAGUGAUUCAUUUUAAAAUUCUUGCUUUAAAAAUACGUCUGUAAAUGUCUGGAAAGACAGUGCAUGCCUUUAAUCCCAAAACUUGGGAGACAAAGGCAGAUGGAUCUCU